AACUAAUCAUCUUUUUAUUCUCUCUCCUCAAUUUCUAAUUUGUCUUUUUGUUUAUUUUAAUUUAAUGUGCAAAAGGUACCCUCUAAUCUCCGUCCGCAGCCCAUGUAGUGCCCCGACACCACAACCUCUAAACCCUAACAUUUACGCUUUAACGCGUUGCUGCCCGAUUCCCUCUUUCGUCUCUCUCUCUCUCUUUCUAUUUUUCUUAAGCUUCCUACACUCGAUUAAAACAGAUACAGAGAAAGAACAGAUCAAAGCGUACAGCACAACUGAGAACAGCCCAUGGAGGAGAGAGUUCACAGAAGAAAGAAAGAAUGAGAGUACUUCAAAUUUAAAUACCCUUUCGAGAUCUGCAGAAGGAGAGAGAAAGGCGUCUCCUUUGCCGGCGAGCUGAAUAAAAAAUCGAAUCUUUGGGGCAGAAAGACAUGAGAGCAGGACUGAGCACAAUUCAGCAGACACUGACGCCGGAGGCCUCGGCGGUUCUCAAUCAAGCGAUUGCCGAAGCAGCCCGCAGGCGAAACGGGCAGACGACGCCUCUUCACGUCGCGUCUGCCCUACUGUCUUCCCCCUCCAGCCAUCUCCGGCAAGCUUGCAUCCGCUCCCAUCCAAAUCCCUCUUCUUCCCACCCCCUUCAGUGCCGUGCUCUCGAGCUCUGCUUCUCCGUCGCCCUCGACCGCCUCCCUUCUGCGUCUACCACAGCCACCCCGUCGCCGGAUGACUCCCCGAGUUCCGCGCCACCUCCAAUCUCUAACGCUCUCAUGGCAGCUCUCAAACGCGCCCAAGCACACCAGCGACGAGGCUGUCCUGAAUCCCAGCAGCAACCGCUCCUCGCCGUCAAGGUGGAGCUCGAACACCUUCUCCUCUCAAUCCUCGAUGACCCAUCCGUAAGCCGCGUCAUGCGGGAGGCCUCCUUCUCCUCCCCUGCAGUCAAAGCUUGCAUUGAAAACUCCCUCUCCUCCUCCCCCUCCCCCUCCCCUUCCCCUGCUCGCAACCUUUACCUAAGCCCCCGCCUCGUCGGCACUGCUGCUCUCCCAGCAGUAACCGAUCCUUCUUCCAUCGGCGGCGACAUCGCCAAGGUCUUCGACAUACUCACGCGAACCAAGAAGCGAAAUCCGAUACUCGUCGGUGACGCUGAUCCCGGUGCCGUGAUGAAAGAAGUGAUUGGAAAGAUUGCUGCAGGGGAUGCUCCGGUUAAGUUUCGAUCCAUCUCUGUCAUCUCCACCGAGAAGGAGUUCGAUUUCUCCUCAUCAGAUCGAAAAGAGAUUCCUUCCAAGAUCAGGGAACUAAAUUCGAUGAUCGAUUCGCGGACUGCCGCAGGAGGUGGCCCUGGUAUUAUUCUCGAUCUCGGAGACCUCAAAUGGUUAGUUGAAGGUGCAAGUCAGCAGCAGAGCCUUACAGAUGUCGGCCGCUCCGCCGUGGCUGAGAUAAGCAGCCUCCUUGUACGAUUUGGCGGCAGAUUGUCGUUAGUCGGCACGGCGACGUGCGCGACUUACCUUCGAUGCCAAGUCUACUUCCCGACGAUGGAGAGUGAUUGGGAUCUGCAGGCAGUACCUAUCGCCCCAAGAACGGCGCCUCUCCCUAGCUUGGCCCCCAGGGUUGGAAGUAAUGUGAUCCUAAGCAGCAAAAUUGAAUCUUUCGGCACGCCGAGAGGUUUUCCCCCGAUGGGCAUCUGCGGAAUCGGUCCGAGAAAGCCGUCGGAGAGCCUAGACGCCUUCUGUAAAAACUCGCUAUGCAAUCUUUGCAAGGAAAGCUACCAGCGCGAGGUAGCUAAAUUUGGAGAGGAUGAAUCCGAGAAAUCCACCGAAGGCACGCCAAAUGCACGGAAAUCUCUGCCUCGCUGGCUUCAGAUAGCCACCACACCACCUCCUAAUCUCCAGGAACAAGAGCUGAUGAAAAAAUGGCGAGAAAACUGUUUCCAACUCCACCGCAACUUCUUUCCGGUUACAACAAAACCUUUAAUUACUGGUUUUCCAUUAUCGAAACCCAUCCCGUUCAAUUCUACCCAGCUCAAACCCACCCUUCAAACAGCCGACGUGUUGACCACGCCGCAGAGGCCGCCAAGCCCACCUGGAGCAUUAGUCAAGACCGACCUUGCUCUUGGUCCUGUUCAAAAGCCUAGCGCAACAAAAUUCACCGGUGACGCGACUUCCAUUAAAAGGCUUGUCAACGGCUUAUUAGAUAAAGUCAGCUGGCAACCGGAGGCGGCCUCUGCCGUCGCCGCCGCUGUUAUACAAUCCAACUCCGGUAUCGGAAAGCGGCGUAAUGGCAGCCAAAAAACCGACACUUGGCUCCUCUUCGCCGGUCCAGAUCGCGUUGGGAAGCAGAAAAUGGCAGUCGCAUUAUCUGAUCUAGUAUUCGGCACCACACCGCUCAUCAUUCGGUUGGGCUUGCCGGAAACCGCCGCCGGGGAGGAACCUCAAGAGCACAACCAGAGUUUCCGAGGGCGGACAUCGAUUGAUAGAGUUGCAGAGACCCUUCGUGUUAAUCCGUUCUCUACUAUAUUCUUCGAGGACUAUGAUCAAACCGAUUCCGCGCUUCGGGGAACGAUCACCCGAGCUAUGGAAAGGGGCCGGCUUUUGGAUUCUCGUGGCAGGGAAGUCGGUUUGGGUAACGCAAUCUUUAUACUCACCGCUGGAUGGUUGCCCGAAGAGCUUGGGAAUUCGAACGAGGAGCUCCGGCGAUCGGAAGAGAAGAUCACCAAGCUGGCCACCUCUGGUCGUCAGCUGGAGUUGCAAUUUGAAGAGAAGACGAAUAAGCGUCGCGGUCAGUGGCUGUUCAAGGAUGAAAGGCUCACUAAGCCGAGGAAGGAUUCAUUAUCGCUGGACUUGAAUCUGGCCGGCGCCUCUGGGGCUUGCAAUGAGGAAGCCGGCGAGGGCUCUUGGAACUCUAGUGAUCUCACUGUAGAGCACGGGCAAGAGCAUGGGCAUGGCCGUCUUGUGACGCAGAGCUUGGUGACUCCGAUGGUUGCUUCAGCAUGGACAUCAGAGAUUAACGAAUUGAUCGACGCCACCAUAGUCUUCAAACCCAUGGACUUCACGCCGCUACGAAAAAAAGUUUCCGAUUCAGUGUCAGCGAAAUUUGCACAAAUCAUGGGGGAGGGACGGUCGAUUGCCAUUGAUGACGAUGCGCUCGAUCAAAUGGUCGGCGGACUAUGGCUGGGUGGCGAUGCGUGCAACCUGUUCGACGAAUGGGCUGAGCGAGUUCUCGCACCUGCGGUCGAGCAACUAAGGGGUAAUCCGAAGGUUGAGGAAGGAGUGAUCGUGCGACUAUCGUCGGUGAUGAGUGGAGGACAGUCGCAUAAAAGUUACUUGCCGGCAUCCGUGAAAUUAACCGUUGGCGAUCGUUGAUGGACAUAUUUGCAAAAAAUGAUCUUCGUUGAUGGAUAGAUUUGUAAAUAUAGGAAGAGAAUUGUUGGGGGGUUGCGAAGGAGAGCCAUUGUGAUUAGAGAUGGUGAUUUUGAAGCCAGAUCUAGUUUUAGUGUUAUUUAAAUAUCAAAAUAUUAAUUUGAUUUAAGUACUUUUUGGUAUAUACGUAAUUUUGGUUUAAUAAUUUCAUUCCCUCAAUGAUUUAAAUUAAGGGAUGUGAUGGCUGAGAAUAAAAGGACAAGAUGUCUUGUUUUCUAUAGAGUUAUUAGAUUCUGAAU